AUGUCCAAGUUAUCCGAACCCCUCAAACAAUUCAUCAACGCCGCCCACGCCCGCCCCAACACCAUCCCAGCGCCCAAAACCAUACUAAAUGUCUACGAGAAAAUCGCCCAAGAUGCCGCGGAGAAUAAAGUAGGACUACCGGCUUGGUUGUGUGCUUCUACAGCAGCAACCAUGACGAUGAACUCGCCCGAGUCGAUGCUGGAGUUGUAUCGGCUCGCGAUUAAGGGUGGUGCGGACCAGGAGAGGGGCGUGUAUACGGCGGAGUUGAUGAGGGAGGUCGGGUUGAAAUGUAUUGGGUUUAAUGGGGUCCCUCGAACGAUCAACGUCCUCGGAGCCUUCCACUCCGGCCUCCCAGAAAACAUCCAAUCCGCCUUGAAAGAGCGCAAACCUCGACGAGCCCUCACCAAAUCCAACAUCGAGCCCACCCUCGCCCGCGGCAACUCCCUCUGGGACUCCAUCUACCACCCCUUCUCGACCAAACUCAGCACAAAACUCGCCCAAUCGCACCCAGAUCUCCCCGUGCACAUCAUAGAAUCCGAGUAUGGCUGCCUCUUCUCCGAUCCCCCUUCCACAUCCACCGCUUCCAACGCAGCGCCAUGCCCUAACGUCGGCCGCGUCCUCACCUCCAUCAUCGCCGUGGCAUGUCUACGCGCGCAAAGCGGCGUGGGACCGCAGGUCGUCAGUCAUGUAUUUGGACUACGGAAGGCGUUUGAGGACGGGACGGCGGAGGGGGAGGAUGUGGUUCCCGGGGGCAAGUGGUUGGCGAGCAAUGAGGGAAGUUUGUGGUUGUUGGAGCAGGUGGAUCGGAUUGUGCAUGCGUUGGGGGAGGGGAGGGGGACGACGUUUGCGCCUGGGUUUGAGAGUGCGCCGAGGGCGAAAUUUUGA